GUUUCAAAACCAGUCCAAAAUUCAACUCUGCUAAAGAAAUCAACCCAGUCGAGUUUUAGCUGGGGUAUGGAAAGCUACUACUGCAUCCAUUAUUUGCAUUCGGUCUCCAUACAUAUUUUACCAGAAGCCUCGCCACUGCUUGAUCUCCUCCUCCUACGGCUGGCUAAAAGGGGGACAGAGAUUUAUCACUUUUUUCCACUCGGUGUUCCAGGUUUAGAGAAAAUUCUCUUGUUUGUUGUAAACCGAAUUUUCAUAAGCUAAUCGUUCCAAUCUAAGCUGUAAGAUCUCGCCCCAAGUGAAAGCAGGAAAUUGGACAAAAUCACCUCCCAGCAUUAUACCCUCGCUUACGUGUACAUUCAGUAAAUUUACACAAAUAAACAAAUUCCUGCAUAAUAUACGAAUCCGAAUCCAUCAUCUCCGAAUUGAUAAACAACAUUCCUUUUCUCUCUGUAGCGUCGGUCGUCUCUUCCUCCCCGAAAACGUGGUGGAGUGCAGGAGUGGAGGACAAAAGCAGGUUUUCCACUGUUUCCUUCUACCACAAAACCACUAAAAACCCAAGUUUGCCUCCUAAACGCUAAAAAAAUCGGAGAGUUAUUGACAUUUAAUUUUGAAAAUAUUAUUCCGUGCGUCCACCCACCACCACCCGAGAAGAAGGGAGGAAAGCCCAUUAAAUUCGGAUCAGCUAAACACACAAAAUCAUAAUCCGGCCCAUUUCUGCACGGAUUUCUUUCCACCUUACUUCCUUCCUUCCACCCAUCUCAGUCUCCUCUCAGACCACAAAUGGGACAGGACAAAAUAAGGAUCGACACUGAACCGAAUCCCGUCCGUCUGAUGAUAAUUCCAUGCAAAUGAAUUCAGUCUUCUUGAGUAAACUCUUCUUCAAGUCUAGUCAAGCGGAGCUGGAGUAUCGCACACAAACUGUAUAAACUCGAGAGUCGUUCAUUUGUCACUUUCUCCGCAGAAAUGAAUGAAUGAAUAUUUAUUCCACGCAAACAAGUUUGACCAACUGGUGCUACUUCUGCAGAGUCAGAAUAUUCAACCCUUCACAGGAAUCACCCAGACGUAAGGAGACGAUAAGCUGCAGUUAUCUAAAUUACGUCUCACCAACAACAAAAGUCGUCACCAUUUCCGCCGCCCUCCCCCGAAAACCAGGCAACCGGACAAUAUCCAUCAUCUCGAAUUAAUCGGCACACGUACAUGGAUGACUUGUCUCGAAACAGUCUUACAUACAUAUUACGCUAUUAGUGGCGAAGGUAUCAUAUGAAUGACGUCAAUUCAAUUCCAUGUCAUCGUCCUCUGCUCUUCAUGUUGUCGUAAAAACUGGGACCGGUCUCACGGGACGUUUAAAUUAUUAUUGUGCUUCUUCUUCUUCGUCGUCGUCUCUUUCUCAUUCCAUGAAUAAGUAAUAUCAAUAGUUUUAAGUGUGUGUGUCUCCAAGAAGAAGACACAACUCGUGGUGGUGGAUUAGGCAAAUUUUGCCAACUUUAUUGCCCAAUUUCCGCCAGAAGUAAAAUAAAGACUAGAUUUGAAAUCAAAAAGGGAAUCUUCUUCCUGAGAACGUGUGUCUUUGUGGACGACGACGAUGCUGCGGGGGGGAUGACGACGUGGAGGUGGUGAGGACGAUCCCGUCGAUUGGUGGUGCAUGUCGAGAAAGGAUGAGCAGAGCUUUCACUUGGCCAUAUGACGUCUCUUCCUCCGAACACGAACGGAUGGAAUUCUGCCCGUAGCAAUUUCACUAACUUCUCUGCUGCUCAGGUCAAUUCAUCCCAAUCCACCACCACCACCACUACCACAACUAACACCAAUUCUACAACUCCAUUAUCCGUGGAGGAGACAAACAACAACAUGAAAGUGACACUUGAACGCGUCCCCCCGACUCGUGACCCAGUGCGAGACGAGUAUUAUUCCCAUUAUUCCUCCCAAACUGGGAUCAGGAUCGCCACCACGCUCGGAUCCUUUUACCUCUUCGUGCUCCUCACCCUGCUCUACAAGUCGAAAUGUAAGAAGCACUCGUCCCGAAGUCCGACUCCACUGCCAGGUCCCCUCCUCCUCCCCCCGUGCCAACCACCCCUGCCACCCAUGCCUUCCACCUCGGCCGACAUCCUCCACCACCACCAAGUCUACCCAUACACGAGUAGCAACAAUAUGGGUGGAGGUGGCAGCAUCAGUAACAAUCAUCGCCCCUCUUCCUGCUACUCUCGCCCCCACCCUGCACUCCUCCUCACCUCAGCCAACUCCUCCUCCUCGGAUGAAGACUUGUCCUCCUCCACCAACAAGCCCCUGAUGGGUCCCCGUUUCCUCCAGUCGGGCCACGGAAUUGUGACCACUGUCAACGGGAGGAAACAGAGCAUCGACAUUCACGUCAUCCUUCCCACCCCGACAAUCUCACCGAGUAGCAGUGAACACUUUCGGCAACAGGAGCAACAACCCCAUCAUCAUCCUUACUAUUUGGGCGACGAUACGAGGAGAUCCUCCGCCACCUCGUCGAUAGGAACGAUCACGACAUAUUCAGCAGGGUCUGGACACCCCUUCACUUUUCCUGAUAAUCUUAAAUAUGUGGAUGACACGAGUAGUGAAAACAUUCCAGAAGUGCGAGACAGUGGUGAUGACGAUGAUGCAGAGGAUCAAGGUUCUCUGGGAUCGGAUUCUGUCUUCAUGUGUUGUGAACCUCCACCACCCCCACUGCUGCCCAAGAGGCGUCCCUCAGCCAGCCCGAGUAGUUACUAUUCAGGGUUGGAUGAGGAGUGGAAGGUCACCCUGACGCAGGCCAGAGCACAAGUUCAUCAUCGCGACUCCUUUACGUCAGAUAUAGAGUCGGUAAAUGACUAUUUGGAGGGCGGUGGGAGUGGAGGUGGGUCCGGGUCAGAGUGCAAUAGUAGGAGACGUUCUUCUUCGACACAAACGACCAUGUCGGAUCUGCAGCAUUGCUUAGGAUUAGCAUCUGCAAUGGGUAUGACUACCAAUGCGACUACGAGGACGCCAUCCCCCCGGCUGAGUCCGCAUCAUCCCCACCACUUUAUGAGCUUGAGACAAAGUCCGGUCCAAUUUCUAGGCGUCGCACAACCAACAUCGGGAGGUGGAGGGAAUAGUCCUCGAGUUCGUGGAGGCAGAAAGAGAUCAGUCGACGCUUUACUCUUGGGCUGGAGAGAGCAACAAAUGCAACAACAGCAGCAGCAGCAGCAACAAACUACUCAUCACGGGAGUCGGUUCCUAGCUUCAGUAACUCCCACGCUAGACCAACGUCGAACUUUUGAACUCGUGGUGGAUCCCGAUAAAUGAAUAUGACCAAAAAUUUAGACAUUUUUUGAAACCACAAUUCUUAAACCCGUUUAAACUUUUUCCUGAAAUACCUUCCCAAUAAUUUUCACACACUGACCUGAGUAGGAAAAAAUAUAUGCGUGCAUCUUAAGACAAUCACUUUAAGCAUGAGGAUUUCGAUAUAAAAAUUAUUAAUUGUGACCAAAAGUUGCCACUACAUUAAAAAGAUGAAAGUAAAGAAACAAAGAGUAUUUCUAUACCUCUGGAUAGAAAAAAAAUUGAAAACACUAUUCAAAACCAAUACUCAAUUAAUCAGUAGUAGAAAAAAUUAACACUAAACAUAAGAAAAAUAGUUCCAUAGAAAAAUGGUGUAACUCUCCGUAUAGUCACGACAACUGUGUUACUACGUUACAUUGAGGAUGAGAUUGGGGGCAUAAGUUAUACAGAUUAAUAUCAGUAAUUAAUUAAUUAAAUGAUGUCAAUUCCCUUAAUUAAUAAUGACACUUUCCCCUUUACUUUUAAUUUAAUCAUAUAAUGCACGUGUACUUGUACUAACUAAAUUGCAUUAAUUCUGCUGUUGUACUCAUUUCUAUUCUAUAAUUAUAUAUGACUCCCAUUACAUUAAAUAUGUACGUAGAGGAUUUCCUGACAAGAAUGUUAAACAAAUAUAUGUAUGUGUAUAUGCAUGUGCAUAUUGUGUAUGGUGAAAAAUGAUGGUGCGAACAUGUAAUAAACCGAGUUUUUUUAUACUAUAGAGGAAAUAAUAAAGUAUGAUAAAAAGA